AUGUGGCGCGUGCGGCAGGACGGGGAGGAAUGCCUCGACCACGCCCCCUCGCCAGGGCUCGCCCAAUCAGACCACGCGCCGUCGGCGGGUGGGCACGAGCGGCGGAAGGCAGUCGCGGGUGCCCGGCGGUGCCGAGCGGCCACAGGCUGGGAGCGCUUUCGGGGCUGCGUGACCGCCAGAUGGGAAGUCCUGUGCUCGCCCGUCCAAGUGUCCCCGAAAACAGCCGAUCGGCAAAGCGGACUUCGUCGUGCCCGUCGAGAUCGAGGGGAUCGCGCGCCAGGUAAACGGCGUGAGCGCGCUGAUGUGUUUGCAGCACGCGGAAGCGCGAGGGCUGCGGAGACCUCUACUGGCCGGACGCUCAACGAGGAAUCACGGCAGCGAGCAGGAAAACGGCUCGUUUCGUCCCGCGUGACGGCCGACGCGGUGACUGCGGGAGAGGGACCGAAGUGCCCGCUGCGUUUCGACCGCCGGGAUGGCGGGGGGGGGGGGUUCGAGUGCCGGCGAGGCGUCCGUGUGGGCCUCUGCCCGGUUCAAGUAAUCCAGGAUAGGCUGGUUAACACUGGCACGGCCUAUUCUCGGUUACUUGUUUCAGGAAGCGGCCAUCAGCGGCUAAUGCGGAGGCCGGGAUCCAUCCUCACUUGGGGUGCCGCUCAGCUGGACUGGACUGGUUGCCAGCCAAUCACAGGGCACAGGGCACAGAGACUGGAGGUUCGGGCUGUCACUAUCAAAUCUUUUUACAAUUGAUUAUUCUAUAGAUAGUUCUUUGACUAACCAAGUUUAAAAAAAAAAAAAAAAAAUGGUUGUUGUUUUUGAGGUCUUUUUUUUUAACUAAAAAUCAGGUCAUCACUCCCAAAAGGAAGGUUUUUAUUCUUAAGGGAGGAAAAAAAAAUCCACACCUCCACGGCCUUGUGCGAAAAAGUCUCGGACUCCACCAUAAGGAGGAGAUUGGGCAAAAAUGUUCCAAGACGAAAACCAGCGGCAUCAAUUUAGCCGGAAGAUAUCUUGAUGAUCCCCGAGACUUUUGGGAAAAUACUCUGCGGUCUGACGAGACCAAAGUCGACCUUUUUGGAAGGUGUGUGUCUCUGGCGUAAAAGUAACGGCGCAUUUCAUCAUAGCAACAGUAAAAUACGGCGGCGGCGGCAGUGUGAUGUUUUUAUGUGUCGCCAAACGGAACCGCGAAUUCUGCAGUCUACCCAAAAAUCCUGAAGGAGAAUGUCCGGCCAUCCGUCGGUGACCUCGAGCUGGAACGAACUCGGGUUCCGCAGUACGACAAUGAUCCAUAACGCACCGGCAAGUCCCCCUCUGAAUGGCUAAAGGCAAAAGUGCUGAUCUGCGUCCUAUUGCGCUGCCGUGGCGUUGCAAGCUUGAGAAACUUGACAACAAUUCUGCAAAGGUGAGCGGCCCAAAAUUUCUCCACAGCGCCGGAAGAGACUCAUCGCAAGUUAUGGCAAACGCUUGAUUUCUCAGGGUGGGCCAUCGCUUUUUCACACUGGGCCAGAUAACUUUGGAUUUUUUUUCUCCCGUAAUAAUAAAAACUGUUUCAAAACUA